AUGACGCUUGGAGAUAUACUCAAGGCCGAUCCAGGGAGACGGAUAUUCGCAUCGCUCUAUCUGGGACUACAGCAGCAAUCUGCCAUCCCGUUUGCUCGCUGUCGAGACAAAUACAAUCUAGAACAGUACAAGGAAAAAAUGCCCUGCACAGUGCCUUUAUAUGACAGACUUGUUGGCGAACAAGCAAAUUUCGACGAGAUCGCUAGGAUAGCCAAAGGUAUUGCUGAGACCCAUUCGGAAUUUGAGCUCAGAUUUGGCACGCCAUUCAUAUAUCCAAAUCUUGCAGCAGAACUUAGGGCUGGAAGAGGAGACAGAAGGGUGAUCUACAGUCUCCUUUCAAGUGGCUAUGAUGCCGUGAGGAAAGACCUGAACAGAGAACUGGGCGACGUCCUUGUGUAUCGCAACUCGAGUUUUAGACAGAAUAAGGAUUAUCGACAACUGCCACAGAUCCAUCGGAUACGCGACGACAACAGAACGAAGAAUGUGAGUGCACGCAUGAACGUGGCCAGAAGAUUGGACAAGUACAAGGCAAAUAUAUGUUUUGGAGGAUCUCAAAAGAAGCAAUGCGAGCAAGGACCUUGGUGUUCUGGUUGCGGAUAG